AUGACAACUUAUCUCCGUUACCCGGCCAAGGUGGCAAUAGUGACUGGUGGCACCAGAGGCAUCGGCCUGGCCAUUGUGAGAGAAUUUGUCCGCCAAGGCGCCAAGGUGGUCUUCUGUUCACGAGCAUGUGGAGCGGAAAGGGGACAAGCAAUUCAGAGGGAGCUGCAGGAUUCUGGGUGCCCAGGCGAGGCAUUCUACCAAGUCUGUGAUGUCCGCAAUGAGUCAGACAUUCAGAGGUUGAUUUUGGUAACUAUAGAAUGUUAUGGAUGCCUGGACUGCCUGGUGAACAAUGCUGGAGAUUUUGAAACUGAAACAAUAGAUGAUGUGACUGCCCAAGACUUCUGCAACAUCAUGGAACUCAAUGUUGUGAGCUGUUUGUUAACAUCAAAGUACUCUCUGCCCUAUUUACGGAAAACAAGAGGAAACAUCAUCAACGUUUCCAGUCUUUACGGUGUUAUCGGAGGGAAGAAUCUUCUGUCAUAUAAUGCAAGCAAGGGUGCUGUUAUCGCAUUGACCAAAGCCCUGGCCAUAGACGAGAGCAAAUACGGAGUGCGAGUCAACAGCAUCACACCAAGUAAUAUCUGGACAUCUUUGUGGGAAAGGUAUGCCAAUCAGUCACCGGAUCCAGAAGCAAAAAUCCAGGAAGGCCAAGCUUAUCAGCUUAUGGGACGUUUUGGGACCCCAGAAGAGGUAGCCUUGGGCGUCCUGUACCUUGCUGCUGAUGGAACUUUCUGUACUGGUUUCAACCUCUUGGUCACUGGUGGAGCGGAAGUUGGCUUUGGGAUGAAGAGUGAGGUGGAUCCUCAGCCUGGCCCAUGGGCGAGUAGGAGCUCUCAAGAUUCCUCUAGGAAAUUCCUUUUGGUAGCUAUAGAACGUUAUGGAUGCCUGGACUGCCUGGUGAACAAUGCUGGAGAUGAGAAACUGAGGCAAAUGGCUAGCAUGGCAACUUGUCUGCGUUACCCAGGCAAGGUAGUAAUAGUGACUGGUGGCACCAGAGGCAUCGGCCUGGCCAUCGUGACAGAAUUUGUUCGCCAAGGUGCCAAGGUGGUCUUCUGUUCUCGAGCAUCUGGAGCGGAAAGGGGACAAGAAAUUCAGAGGAGGCUGCAGGAUUCUGGGUGCCCAGGUGAGGCGUUCUACCAAGUCUGUGAUGUCCGCAAUGAGGCAGACAUUCAGAGGUUGAUUUUGGUAACUAUAGAACGUUACGGGUGCCUGGACUGCCUGGUGAACAAUGUUGGAACUGUUGAUUCUACACCGAUAGAGAACGUGACUGCUGAAGACUUCCGCAACCUCAUGGAAACCAAUGUUGUGAGCUGUUUGCUAACAUCAAAGUACGCACUGCCCUACUUACGGGAAACAAGAGGAAACAUCAUCAACAUUGGCAGUCUUGCUGGUGUUAUCGGGGCAAAGAACUGUUUGGCGUAUGCUCCAAGCAAGGGUGCUGUGAUCGCAAUGACCAAAGCCCUGGCCAUAGAUGAGAGCAAAUGCGGAGUGCGAGUCAACUGCGUCUCACCAGGUAAUAUCUGGUCUCCUUUGUGGGAAAAGUAUGUAAGUCUGACACCGGAUCCACAGGCGGUAAUCCAGGCAGCCCAAAAGCAGCAGCUUAUGGGACGUUAUGGGACCCCGAAAGAGGUGGCCUUGGGCGUCCUGUACCUGGCUGCUGAGGGAACUUUCUGUACUGGUUUCGACCUCGUGAUCAGUGGAGGAGCGGAAGUUGGCUUUGGGACAAAGAGCGAGGUGGAUCCUCAGCCUGGCCCAAGUGUGAAAGGCAUCUCCAAGGACUCCUCUAGGAAGAAAUAG